AGUGCCGACCAUCUCUGCUCAGAAUACUCCAGAGCUUGUAACGGGCACGUCAGCCAGAAGUCCAGAACAUGUAACGCAGUUUCGAUAGAGUAUUUUGGAGUGACAACGUUCGUCGAGGAAGCGGGGACUAUGAACCCCCUGGCUUCAAGGAGGAGGAGAAGCAGGCCGAUCACCAGCGAGCAAGAACGACGCGCUGCUACCGCCUUCCGUCGCGAGUGACGUCACGCUGCCCAUCUCCCGCCCAAGCCUUGUAACUGGGACUCUUGUCUUCAAGCAGUGGUUACAGAAAAAAAUACAUCGCAAGAUUUAAUCUUUGCAAGAAUGACGUCCAAAGGAGUGGCUUUGUUAUUCAUCUUCAGUACCAUUUCUUUACAGAUGCUGUACGUGUUGGCGGAGAUGAAUGAACCAACAAGGUUUGCAGAACACAACUCGCUAGACCUGCCAAAGGCUCCCUCGUCUGUUCUUGACAAAGGAAUGGAGGUAUUGUUGACAGCUUGCGAUUUCGUGGAACGUUAUAAAAUUGGCUACCUUUUAAACGGUUUCUUCGCCCUCAAAGAAUUCAGAAAGAAGCUUUCCAAGAGUGGCAGCAAAAAAGAAAAACCUUGCAGUAACUGUCAGAAGACUGUUGCAUCGAGAAACGAAAAGUCUGCAGCGACAAGUGAGGACUUGAAGGAUAAACUGUACAGUUUCAUAUCGGCAGGAUUCACAACUCAAGAAGGUAUAGCGCUGAUAACCAUGCUGGGUGCUUCAGUUUGUGAAAUAGCUAAGAGUUACAGAGAUGAAGAAGUCGAAUGAAAGAAGCUAAUAAAUCACUUUAAACAAUUUACGGUAUCAUGGUACAUAAAGUUGCUGUUAUUCUUGUAAAAGAUACUUUUUUUUUUAGAAAUCUUGUUUCACGUUAAAAAUAUUAAACAAUACAUAUUUUAAAAUUAUUAUUUACCGAGUUUAUUGCAAGAUUAUUAAUUAUAACAGUAAUAACUUUAAUUCAUAACUAUAUCGGUGUGAUAGGUCUAAUUAUAAGCUUGUACAUACAUUUUGGUGUUAUAUGUUUUUUAGGAUUUUACGAGGUGUAAAAAAAUGUACAAUUCUAAUGCAAUGUUUUAUUUGUGAAAUAUACAUAUCUAUGCUAAGUAAUAAAAGAAACAAACCAGCAACCUAGCAACAAAA